UUAGCGCACGUCGUCGACGUACACUGUCACCCGACCGAUUCACCUCUGGACGAUGAGCUCUUCUCGACGCUCCCGCACCGCAUAUGUGCCAUGGCGACUCGCGACACCGACCAAGAGCUCGUCGCCGACCUCGCACGUCGGUACCCCGACAAAGUAACUCCAUGCUUCGGCUACCACCCAUGGUUCACGCACUGGAUCUCCCUCUCCGACGCCCCCUCCAAAGAACCACACUACCGCGCCCUCUUCCUCCCCGAGACCGAGCCCAAGCCCGAGCACGAAGCCGCCUUCGCCCGGCUCCUCCCCUCCCUCCCCGCGCCCACCCCACUCUCCCACAUCCUCCGCACCUUGCGCGCCUCCCUCGCGGCCUUCCCCCGCGCCCUUCUCGGCGAAGUCGGGCUCGACCGCGUCUGCCGCGUCCCCUUCUCCCCGCCCGCCGACCCGCCCUACGCCUCCUCGAGCACGGCGGACGCCCGGGCGCUCUCCCCGUUCACGAUCCCGCUCGCGCACCAGGCCGCGGUCCUCGAGGCGCAGCUCGCGCUCGCGGUCGGGCUCCGGCGCAACGUGAGCAUGCACAGCGUGAAGGCGCAGCAGGCGACGCUCGAGCUCCUCGCGCGCAUGCGGGCGCGGCACGGGCGCGCGUGGGACGCGAUCAGCGUCGACAUGCAUAGCUGCGGCUUGAGCGCGCAGACGUGGGCCGCCGUCGAGAAAGCCCACUGCAACGUCUUCCUCUCCCUGUCUACCGCGAUCAACUCCCGUUCACCCGCACACACCACGCUCAUCCGCGCGUGCGCGCCCGGCCGGAUCCUCGUCGAGUCCGACUUCCACGACGUCGCCUACAGCGCGCCCUACGUCUGGGACAUGGUCUGCCGCAUCGCCGACGCGCGGGGAUGGCCCGUCGAGCAGACCGCGGAGGAGCUCGACGGAUGGGGUGGUGAGAGGAAAGGUGUGGUGAAGCGGUUGGAGGAGAACUGGCAGCGUUUCGUGCACGGCGGGCAUGUGCCGCAGACCGGAGGA